AUGCUGUUAUUAUACUUACAGUCAAAAAGAUUACUUUGGAAGUCCGAGUCUGAAGACCAAUGUGAAUCCGAAGUAGACGACGGUGAAGAAUCCGAAUUGGACGAUGGUGACGAAUCCAAAUUGGACGAUGGUGAUGAAUCCAAAUUGGACGAUGGUGACGAAUCCGAAUUGGACGAUGGUGAAGAAUCCGAAUUGGACGAUGGUGAAGAAUCCGAAUUGGACGAUGGUGAAGAAUCCGAAUUGGACGAUGGUGAAGAAUCCGAAUUGGACGAUGGUGAAGAAUCCGAAUUGGACGAUGGUGAAGAAUCCAAAUUGGACGAUGGUGAAGAAUCUGAAUUGGACGAUGGUGAAGAAUCCGAAUUGGACGAUGGUGAAGAAUCCGAAUUGGACGAUGGUGAAGAAUCCAAAUUGGACGAUGGUGAAGAAUCCGAAUUGGACGAUGGUGAAGAAUCCGAAUUAGACGAUGGUGAAGAAUCCGAAUUGGACGAUGGUGAAGAAUCCGAAUUGGACGAUGGUGAAGAAUCCGAAUUGGACGAUGGUGAAGAAUCCAAAUUGGACGAUGGUGAAGAAUCCGAAAUGGACGAUGGUGAAGAAUCCGAAUUGGACGAUGGUGAAGAAUCCGAAUUGGACGAUGGGGAAGAAUCCGAAUUGGACGAUGGUGACGAAUCCGAAUUGGACGAUGGUGAAGAAUCCGAAUUGAUCGAUGGUGAAGAAUCCGAUUCAGAUGGAGAAGACGACUCAGACGAACGCGAAAACAAAGAGGAUGAUGAGCAAGAUGGACACGAUGGUGAUAUUAUUGAAGGACUUUCCGUGUUCCGGUCCGACGCCGACGGACUUGAAUCUGAGCUUGAAGAGUCACUCUCUUGGGCCGUCAGCAGGUCGGAGCAAACGAGCUACAUCAGAAAAGAAUGGGGGUUAAAAUUAACUGAAUACAAUAUGUAUAACAUAGGGUUGUAUCAAUAG